GCGGGGCUGGUCUGGACUCGUAGGAUCAUGAGCACUUAGUAUUCAGAGUACUAUUGUAGGUAGAGAGUAUUGUAGAGAAGAUAGUAUUGUUACUUGCUACUUGGUAGAUACUGAGAUCAAACCGGGCACUACAAUUGAUGUGCAUGACACCCCAUGCCGUCGAUCACCACCUAAACAAUCCUAGUCCAGGCAGACAGCGUCAACUGUUGAGAAGAAAAAAAAAAAAAAGAAAUAUCAACCCUGGACAAUGUGGCGUUGAUGAUUUAUUUCCUCGACUCGAAGUUGCAUGUCAACUGCAUAUUCUAAUUUCCGUGACUCGAACAACAUAACGAUUACAUGACUGGAAGGGAAAUGUUUGCCCUGUUCAUGCCAUGUUACUCUCUGAACCUUUGGUGGUCAUUGUUUGGUUCGCACAAAAGUCAAUCCUGUAAUGACGUACGGUCUUUGUUUGAUCGCCAAAGUUACUUGGCUUGGUCAAAGAGAUAUGUGCAACUGUAUUCCACCGAUGAUGUUGCGAUGAUGCUCUAUCGAAGCCGAUCCGAAAGCGAGGGAGAUUUGGUUGAUCCGCCCAGGGGUUCUCUCUUUCUGUCUCUCUGGCUGGCUUUGUUCGGGAUUGUUGGCUCCCUCCCCGUGCUUCGGAGUAUACUGUGUACCUACAGUAGUAUCUGUCCACGGAAACUGUCGUACAUUAUUAUUAUUCUGUACAAACGACAGACUACACUCCAUCAACCCAAGUCGGAGCACGAACCCCCGAUGUGAUGGAUUAGUACUCAGGUACGGUAAAUAAUACUGAUAAUACAGUACUGGGUUACAUACUCCGCGUCAAUCGUUCGCCAAAGCUUCGCCCGCCACCCGCCCCUCCCAUCCUGUCACAUCCAUCGAAGUUAGGGUAGAACCAUCGAACCGUUAUGGAAUGACCGGACACGAACAAAAAAAAAAAAAAAAAAAAAAAAA